AUGGUGUACAAAAAUAUCACCUAUGACGACCGCGACACGACCAACAUCCACUACAACGAGUACUGGUUUAUAACAGGGUCCUACAACGCAACUUCGGUGGGGGAGACCGGUACUCUAUCGUCUUCGCUGUCCCCUGACGCUGCCCUGACUUUCACAUUCCCUGAACCCGCCACAGGCUUUUACUACUAUGGCAUGCUGCGGUCUGGAGGAGGCCUGUAUCUCAUAUGCAUCGACUGUGAUCCCAACGACCGACUUUGGGACCGAAUUGACGCUCACAACGCAUCUGACGACGGUCGUAAUCCACCAUCCUUGCUAUACAGCAAAACCUGGGAAAAUCCCGGCGUUCACGAAGUGAUCCUGCAGAAUACCAACGACACCCGCUUUGGACGGAUUAACACGCAGAUCACGCUCGACAGGUUCAUCCUGACCGUUGACGACGGUCAGAUCUCUCAUGGCGCAGAUGGGGACAGCUCGACCACGACAUCCAGCUCGACGUCGGCAAACUCAGAGUCUAGCACUUUCGUGCCCUCGUCUACAUUCUCAUCGCUUUCCUCCCUUUCGUCCACGCCGUCUGCGCCGCCUUCAUCAGCACCAAGUCAUGUCCCUAUUGGCGCAAUUGCUGGCGCUGCGGCCGGAGGCGUGAUCUUCCUUGUCAUCACCAUCGUACUCCUCUGGUGGUGCUGUCGCCGCCGUCACCAAAGCCGCUCGACCCCUCCGGAGGACCGUCCAUCCAGCCCCACUCAACCCCUGCCAUAUAUGAAGGGCAGACAACCCUCAUUGACCACCAGAUCACUCACACCUGGGUUGUCACCGUUCGUGGGCCGCGAUCACCCUCCUUCGAAUGGUAGAAAGUGUGCAGAAUCGGAUUCUCAAUCGCCUUCGACUUCGUCAGCCACUUCAACUCGCCGCCCACCCGUCCGCAAGCCUCCGCUAGCUGCAACCAACCCGGAACCCUUCAACUUCAGCGUCCAAGAUGUCCGCACCCAAACACCGUCCGAGAACGCCUCAUCCAGUCGCCGCCCAUUCGUGGUGCCUCGACGCGAGAUCGACGUUGGACCAGCCGAUGACGAGGUACUGGAAGAUGUGCUACCGCCGGACUACGACGAUGCUACCCGUCACAGGCGCGGUCAUUAG